AAAGUUCAUCAGCACCAAAAACCUCGAGCGUCAAUUACGACAGGUCGCCGCAAUGUAUUGGUCUCUGAGCAUUGUGUAGCAGAUGGUGAGCCCACCAACGAAUGGCCUUCAACACCAGAAGACUCCAUGUUUAGGAACUCUCCAUCAUCGUCGAAACCAUGGAGAAUAAGCCCAAGCAGAUCCGUUUCGAAGGGGAUGGGUUUGAGGACUGGUCAGACCCACCGAGCUCGCCUCAACCGUCACCAACGCCCAGUGUCAGCUCUUUUCAACGCGACUCUCGCCCUAAACGGGGCACGACGCGGAUUCCUUCACGAAUUGUUUCCAAGCGUGCAUUGAUACACCUUGGAUACUCCUUUGCAGAAGAUGGGGACACAGUCAUUGUUCAGCUGGCACUCGGACAGGAUCACAUUGAGGAACUUCUUGAGCUAAGCAAAAGGAUCCGAAGCUCAGACCAGGGGACUUCGGAAGUAGGCGAUAGUGGCGAGGCAGACCACCCAGAUGAAGAUGGAGGUUUUGACUGGAUCAAUGUUAACGCACCUGAUACGGAGGCGCCGCACCUGAGCACUGAGAAAGGUGAAGGAUUCCAUGAGCAUGAAGACAAUGAAUCGACAAUAGAAGACACGGAUUGGGAUUGGAACGAUCUUGAAGGUCCAGUGAUCUACUCUGGGGUUCUUAACCUGAACAGCACAAAAUCAUCUAUGGACAAUGACAUGAACUCUACCACCGGAAGACUCUUAGCUUGGAACCAGGAGGAAUCAGAUCUCAUCAAUGGAGCUAAGACACAGCUCAAUACAGUACACGCAGCAGAGUUCUACAUGGAUCGCGCCGGCAACCAAAAGGUCACGCUUGCCUGCCCCCAAGACUAUGAGUUUGGGGCUACGGGCGAAUCCCUUGUUCGCUUGAGAUGGCUACACGUACAGGCCGGGUCCUUGAACAUUGCGACUAUGGAGACUUUGAUAUCAGACUGUCCAAACAUAUCUCAAUCACUAAGACUAGUAGCACUUACAGUUCUGAGAGAAGUCGUGACAAAAUGUGAGAGGUCUUCAGAAAAUGGCUCUUAUCUCGAACCGGGCUCAAUGAUUCAGUACAUCGGGAGAUAUAACAGCUCACUUGGGAUAUAUGAAGAUGAGGACACCUCUGAUACCGAACCGGUAGUCUUCAUCUCUUCACCUCACAUUAUUCUUACCGACAGGCCCUCCGCCAAAAGAUUUCACGGGAAGCACUACAUGAGGAGUCUUCGUGAAGUUCUCUACGGUUACGACGACGAAACACACUCCAAGCAUGACUCUCCUGGCCGAAAAUUCAAGCUUGACGAGAAAAGGCAACCUCAGUUGAAAGUUCCUCAGCUUUGGUCAUUGAUAGUUGGUGCGGAUUUGAUCAUCACCUUCUCAGAACUCUCGCCGCAGGAAAUGCAACAAAAUCUGAUCACUGUCGACCCAACAAGAUCGUCUGCGGGACUAUACACCGUCAGACUCAUUGACGAAAAGGAUAUGUGCCGGUAUCAUGUUGUCAUUAAAGCGGAUUGGAAGUAUGCGGACUUCCUCAAGCAUGCGGUGGCACUAGCACUCAAGGGUCAAGGUUGUGUGAAUGCAGCUUCGUUCGUGCUAGUCAAUGAUUAUUGGGGUAUGAUCACUGCGGACAUCUGGUUACACUUACUCGCGAGCGAGACCAUCGAAGACUAUGUCUUCGGGAUCCGUGAGAAGCACGAGGCACAGCGGAGACCCAAUGAGGAGUUUCACGCCUUGUCAGAGAAGCUUCUCACGGCGGGAAGUCGGAGCAGCCUAGGCAGUCGCAGAGCCUCGCGCCGAAGGUAAGAAACGCGUAAGGCCUUCCACCUUUUAAACACUUGACUGAGGCAUUUUCUAGUUCCUUUCGAUCAGAAUCCAGAACCACAAAUUUUGACACAACAGACAUCGAUAUGCAGAUGGUUCUGCAUCCUGGCAUGUGGGAAUAUGGCGGCGACUCUCUCAGUCCUUCGGAAGAAGGAGUAGAAAUCGGUAGCGAUAUGUUUGAGACUUCAACUAUGUCGUUUGACUCGCACUUGGGUGUCGACAACUCUUCCCUUGACGGUACCGUUGAUUUGACCACAUCCAUGUCAGAGACAAGCUUCAGGC